AAAAUACCAUAACGCGAACCAGCCCAGCUUUUUCAGCUCCAUGUGUUGUGCCGCAGCUUAGGCACUGCUUAGCAUUUGAAUAAUCUCCUCUUCUCUCUCUCUCUCUCAAUCAUUCCCCAAUUCUCAAUUCAUAAAUCCAUCCCCAUAUCUUCCUUCUGUUUCUCUGUUAUCUUCUUCGUCACUAUCAUCUUCAUCUUCAUCUCUGUUUUGUUUUUUUCUUCUAGAAAUUCGGCACACAACCCUAGGAAAUACACAUCAUAAUUGUUUGAAUGGUUGUGAUCUGAAAUUUUGGUGUUAUAUAUAAAGACAUAAAGAGAGUCAUGUAUAGUAAUACCGCUCGCAAAUACUCUUCUUCUGCCGCUUCUUCACUCUUGAGAAGAGCCUCUUCUUCUUCCGUUUCUAGACCAGUAGCUUCCUCUUCUGCUGCUGCUCACGCGCCUUCGUCUUCUUCACUCUGUAAUCAGCAGCAGCGUUUCUCCUCCACGUUCCGGUCUGUGAGGUGCUCGGUGCCGCGGUGGAGCCACGGUAUUGAUUGGAAGUCUCCGAUCAGUCUUACUGCUCAGAUCAGGACCGCCGCCCCUGCUCUCAACAGCUUCCACCGAAAGCUCUCUACCAUGGCUGAAAAGAACCCAUUUAAGGAAAUCCUCACUGCUCUUCCAAAGCCUGGAGGUGGUGAAUUCGGAAAGUUCUAUAGCCUACCUGCUCUCAACGAUCCCAGGAUUGAGAAGCUACCAUACUCUAUUAGGAUUCUUCUCGAAUCAGCAAUUCGUAAUUGUGACAACUUUCAAGUGAAAAAGGAAGAUGUUGAAAAGAUUAUCGACUGGGAAAAUUCUGCACCUAAGCUUGUGGAGAUACCCUUCAAGCCUGCCCGUGUGCUGCUGCAGGAUUUUACUGGUGUACCCGCUGUGGUGGACCUUGCUUGCAUGCGUGAUGCCAUGAACAACCUCGGCAGCGAUUCUGACAAGAUCAAUCCAUUGGUUCCUGUUGACCUAGUUAUUGAUCACUCUGUUCAAGUUGAUGUGGCAAGGUCAGAAAAUGCAGUCCAGGCUAAUAUGGAGCUUGAAUUCCAAAGGAACAAGGAGAGAUUUGCCUUUCUUAAGUGGGGAUCUAAUGCUUUCCACAACAUGCUUGUUGUUCCACCUGGGUCUGGUAUUGUGCAUCAGGUCAAUCUUGAAUAUCUUGGAAGGGUUGUCUUUAAUAGGGAUGGGUUUCUCUACCCAGACAGCGUGGUCGGAACAGAUUCCCACACAACCAUGAUUGAUGGGCUAGGAGUUGCUGGCUGGGGCGUCGGAGGUAUUGAAGCUGAAGCUGCUAUGCUUGGCCAGCCAAUGAGCAUGGUGUUGCCUGGAGUUGUCGGGUUCAAGUUAUCAGGGAAAUUGCGAAAUGGUGUAACUGCCACUGACCUUGUCCUGACUGUCACUCAAAUGCUCAGGAAGCAUGGUGUUGUCGGAAAGUUUGUUGAAUUCUAUGGUGAUGGAAUGGAAGGGCUAUCUUUGGCUGACAGGGCCACCAUUGCAAACAUGUCUCCUGAAUAUGGUGCAACAAUGGGUUUCUUCCCUGUAGAUCAUGUUACCCUGCAAUAUCUCAAGUUGACUGGGAGAAGUGAUGAAACAAUUGCAAUGAUAGAGGCGUAUCUCCGUGCAAAUAAGAUGUUUGUCGACUAUAAUGAGCCUCAACAAGAAAAAGUGUAUUCUUCUUAUUUGGACCUAGACCUUGUGAACGUUGAACCAUGUGUGUCAGGGCCAAAGAGACCUCAUGACCGUGUGCCUUUGAAAGAGAUGAAGUCUGACUGGCAUGCUUGCCUUGAUAACAAGGUUGGAUUCAAGGGAUUUGCUGUGCCAAAAGAAGUGCAAGAUAAAGUAGCUAAGUUUGACUUUCACGGGCAACCUGCAGAGCUCAAACAUGGCAGUGUUGUGAUUGCUGCUAUCACAAGUUGCACAAAUACAUCCAAUCCCAGUGUUAUGCUAGGAGCAGCUCUUGUUGCCAAAAAGGCUUCUGAGCUGGGUCUACAUGUUAAACCAUGGGUUAAAACAAGCCUUGCUCCAGGCUCUGGUGUUGUUACAAAAUAUUUACUCAAGAGUGGGCUACAGAAGUAUCUAAAUCAGCAGGGUUUCAACAUUGUUGGCUAUGGCUGCACCACUUGUAUCGGUAAUUCUGGGGACUUGGACGAAUCUGUUGCUUCUGCCAUAUCAGAGAAUGACAUUGUUGCUGCUGCUGUACUCUCCGGAAACCGCAACUUUGAGGGGCGUGUUCAUGCCCUGACAAGAGCAAACUAUCUUGCUUCACCUCCUUUGGUGGUUGCCUAUGCUCUUGCUGGCACGGUUGAUAUCGACUUUGAGAAAGAUCCAAUUGGGGUGGGAAAGGAUGGUAAGGAUGUGUACUUCAGGGAUAUAUGGCCAUCAACUGAAGAAAUUGCUGAGGUUGUUCAAUCAAGUGUAUUGCCAGACAUGUUCAAGAGUACUUAUGAAGCUAUUACAAAGGGCAAUACCAUGUGGAAUGAAUUAUCUGUACCAACAGCAAAGCUGUACUCAUGGGAUCCUAAUUCUACAUACAUUCAUGAGCCACCAUAUUUCAAGGGUAUGACCAUGGAUCCUCCUGGGCCCCAUGGAGUGAAGGAUGCCUACUGCUUGUUGAACUUUGGUGAUAGUAUUACCACGGAUCACAUUUCACCUGCUGGAAGCAUUCAUAAAGAUAGCCCAGCCGCUAGGUACCUUAUGGAGCGCGGUGUCGAUCGCAGGGACUUCAACUCAUAUGGUAGCCGUCGUGGUAACGAUGAAAUUAUGGCUAGGGGUACUUUCGCCAAUAUCCGCCUUGUGAACAAGCUGUUGAAUGGGGAAGUUGGUCCAAAGACAGUCCACAUUCCCACAGGAGAAAAACUCUCUGUGUUUGAUGCUGCAAUGAAAUACAAAUCUGCUGGGCAAGACACUGUUAUCUUGGCUGGAGCUGAAUAUGGAAGUGGAAGCUCCCGAGAUUGGGCUGCCAAGGGCCCAAUGUUGUUGGGAGUUAAAGCUGUAAUUGCUAAGAGCUUCGAGAGGAUUCACCGCAGCAACUUGGUAGGAAUGGGUAUCGUGCCUCUAUGUUUUAAGGCUGGGGAGGAUGCAGAUACACUUGGAUUGACAGGUCACGAGCGAUAUACCAUUGAUCUUCCAGAAAAUAUUAGUGAGAUCCGCCCAGGUCAAGACGUUGCUGUACGAACAGAUACUGGAAAAUCCUUCACUUGCAUAGUGCGGUUCGACACCGAGGUGGAGUUGGCUUAUUUCAACCAUGGAGGUAUUCUGCCAUAUGUCAUUCGUCAGUUGACUAAGCAAUAAGGGACCGCUUUGAUUAUUUGGCCACCUUUACGAGCUGCUUAAUUGCGGGAAGAUGACAGCAGAAAGAGAGCUUCUCAUUAGAGAAUCUUGAGAAGGGAAUAAAGGAUUUUAAAACUUUUUAUGUCCCUGUUGUCGGGCAAAGUGUUGUUUAUUUACUUCGGGAAGCACUGAAAAUGGCAAUCUUUUGCCAACAGAUAGCAACAUACCAUUUUUUGGUAAUAAAAUUUAUAUUAUGAUUGUGUUUUAGCAAGGAUUAUUUGAAGCUUCUUGGUGAGAAUCACAGGUACUAUUCGGUAGUUUAAUUUUUUGUUAUUUUAUUUUUCGGAUUCUGUUCUUUAGUUUUUUUUUGAAAUUGUGGGCUUUUUGCA